AUGAAAUGCCAAAACGAAACAGUCACCGUUGAGCUCAAGAACGGCACCAUCCUGCACGGCACGAUCCUCUCGGUCGACGUGAAGAUGAACACCUCGCUGCGCACCGUCAAGAUGACGAUCCGCAACCGCGACCCAAUCUCGCUCGACACAAUCAACAUCCGCGGGUCCACAAUCCGCUACUUCAUCCUGCCCGACUCGCUCCCGCUCGACACGCUCCUCAUCGACGACGCGCCGAAGCCGAAGAACAAGGCGCGGAAGGAGACCGAUAAGGCUGCCGGCGGACGGGGCGGCGGCGGUGGUCGCGGCGGCGGCAGGGGCGGUGGCCCCCCGAGGGGUGGUAGAGGGGGUGGAAGGGGUGGUGGAAGGGGGAGGGGCGGUGGAAGGGGGUUUUGA